UCCGGAGGAGACGAGCACUGCUGCGAUGCCAGCCAGCCCCACCAUCCCUGCCACCCCUAAGCAGGCCCUGGAGGAGGAGGACAUCAGGAACAUCAUCGGGCGCUGCAAGGACACGCUUUCCACCAUCUCGGGGCCCACGACGCAGAACACCUACGGGCGCAACGAGGGCGCCUGGAUGAAGGACCCGCUGGCCAAGGAGGAGCGAAUCUAUGUCACCAACUACUACUACGGGAACACGCUGGUGGAGUUCAGGAACCUCGACAACUUCAAGCAAGGGCGAUGGAGCAACUCCUACAAGCUCCCGUACAGCUGGAUCGGGACAGGGCAUGUCGUCUACAACGGCUCCUUCUACUACAACCGGGCCUUCACGCGCAACAUCAUCAAGUAUGACCUGAAGCAGCGCUAUGUGGCCGCCUGGGCCAUGCUGCAUGACGUGGCCUACGAGGAGUCCACGCCAUGGCGGUGGCGCGGCCACUCGGACGUGGACUUUGCUGUGGAUGAGAAUGGCCUGUGGGUCAUUUACCCGGCCAUCAGCUAUGAGGGCUUCAACCAGGAGGUGAUAGUGCUCAGCAAGCUGAACGCAGCCGACCUCAGCACACAGAAGGAGACCACGUGGCGGACGGGGCUGCGCAAGAACUUCUACGGGAACUGCUUUGUCAUCUGUGGGGUGCUCUACGCCGUUGACAGCUACAACAAGAGGAACGCCAACAUCUCCUACGCGUUUGACACGCACACCAACACACAGAUCAUCCCGCGGCUGCUCUUUGAGAACGAGUACGCCUACACCACCCAGAUAGACUACAACCCCAAGGACCGCCUGCUCUACGCCUGGGACAACGGGCACCAAGUCACCUACCACGUCAUCUUUGCCUACUGAGACCCUGGCGACAGCAGGAUGCUGUGAGGGGCCACCAGCACCUUUUAUUAUUAUUGUUAUUAUUAUUAUUAUUAUUAUUUUGUACAAAUCAAAGAGUAAAUGAU